UCCGCCGCUCACCGGAAGUGUGCGUGGCUCUCAGCCGCUUCACAUCAGGAGGAGGAGCUCCUCUGUCAAAAAGUUUUCGGAGUACAUUAUUGUGUCGUCUGCUGACUGCGGUGUCUUUUUGUUAAUAAAAACACACUUCAGAGGAGUGGGGGGAGCAGAGGGAGCAGCGGGAGCCCGACUCGGAGGCAGCCAUGGACGGUGUGUACGGAUGGGGGAUGAACCCAUUAAACCCAGUCCAGACAGCGAGCCCUUACAUCGAGAUCAUCGAGCAGCCAAAGCAGAGGGGGAUGAGGUUUCGGUAUAAAUGCGAGGGACGUUCAGCCGGCAGCAUUCCUGGAGAGAAAAGCAACGACACAACAAAGACUUAUCCAGCCAUAAAGGUGCACAACUACAGCGGUCCCCUCCGGGUCCGCAUCUCGUUGGUGACGAAGAACGCCCCGUACAAACCUCACCCCCAUGAGCUGGUGGGAAAAGACUGCAAACACGGGUUCUACGAGGCCGACCUGCAGGAGAGGCGGAUACACAGUUUUCAGAACCUGGGGAUCCAGUGUGUGAAGAAGAAGGAUGUGAAUGAGGCCAUCACUUGCAGACUGCAGACCAACAACAACCCCUACAAUAUUCCUGAGGCCAAGGUGUGGGAGGAAGAGUUUGACCUGAACUCGGUGCGGCUUUGCUUCCAGGCCUCCAUCACCUUGCCUGCGGGGGAGCUGUUUCCUCUGGAGCCCGUCGUGUCCCAGCCCAUCUUUGACAACAGAGCACCAAACACAGCCGAGUUAAAGAUCUGCAGAGUCAACCGAAACUCCGGCAGCUGCAAAGGAGGCGACGAGAUUUUCCUGCUGUGUGACAAAGUGCAGAAAGAGGACAUCGAGGUGCGUUUCUUCCAGGACUCCUGGGAGGGGAAGGGCACGUUCUCCCAGGCGGACGUCCACAGGCAGGUGGCCAUCGUUUUCCGUACGCCACCGUACCGCAACACUAACCUCAGCGAACCCAUUAAGGUCAAGAUGCAGCUCCGGAGGCCCUCUGACCGAGAAGUCAGUGAACCRAUGGACUUCCAGUACCUCCCCGCUGACCCAGAUGAGUAUAGGCUGAGUGACAAGAGAAAGCGCACAGGAGACAUGUUCCAGAACCUGAAACUGGGUCCGAUGCUAUCAAGUGUGUCCAUUUCACAACGACCCAUGAAUGUUGGACGCAGAAUGGCCACUCCCAAGACUCAGCCGAUGACUGCACAAUCAGUCCCUGAGGUUCCCCCAGKUGCCAGCAGCGCCCCCUUCUCAUUUCCUCAGCCAGGACAUCUCUUCUCAGUUCAGCCUAAGGUGGAGGCCCCCUCCUCCAUGGCCACAGCAACGGCAACCCAAACCUGGAAGAUCAUGGAGGGUCUAAAGCUGAGCCCCCAGCCCAAAGCCAACCCAGUGCCCACCUUUACCAUGAGCUCAGCACCGACCCCGUCCUCCUCCACCACCACCACAACCGCCGCAGCCCACCAGGACUACUCCACCGUCAACCUGUCCGACCUCCACGAGUUCUUCCCCAACAUCGCCCAGGGGGCUGCGUCCAGCCAGGCGGUGGCCCCGCAGCCCAGCAGCUCCUUCACCCUCCAGGAGUCUCAGUUCCGUGUCGAUGCAACACUCGUGGAUGAGGACAUCCCAGAGUUCCCCAGCUUCUCUGACGCCCAGGUACCCUGCACCCUGGACAGCCUGAACAUGGAAGACAUAGAGGACCUCCUGAACCCGUGCCACAUGAGCGAGGGCGGAAACGCUACUUCGGGCUUACAGUCGUGCCAGCAAGCGUCCGUCCCUAAGUCCGCCGCCGUGGCUCAGCCUGGUGCCGCGGCCCAAAGUGCAUCUGAGCCACCCAGUAAUCCCGGAAUCGCCUACAUGAAUUACCCCAACAGCAUCGCUAACCUGCUCCGCAGCGAAGACAUGCUGGUCCUGGGCUCAGGCCUCACCAUCAGCAACAACAACCACCACCAGUCUGUGGUGCUCGACGACUUCGAUGAGCUGAUGUCCGCCGACGAGGACCGCCUCAUGUCCAUUUUUAACGGUGGAGGUCAAGCUGGGUUUGUGUCAGGACAUCCAACCUAAAGAUUUUAUUUUAUUCAGGACUAAAACUGUUUUUAAUACCGAUAAAGGAG